UGCUGCUGCUCUGCUCCAUCUCUUUAAUGACCGCUUUUCCGCGUCUCAAUGUAAAUCAAUUGCGUCGGCGACCGCUUUGGUCGCCCCUUUUAUUCUAAAGACGCUUUUUUGUGUACAUCUCUGGUCUCGUCGAAACAUACUUUAUUGUAUCGCUUAGAAAACUUCCAAGCAGCUGUGAGGAACUUUUUGUCGAGCAGUGUGUGUGGUGAAGAAUGCAUUAGCUCAUUCAGCUAACAGCAGCAGCAGCUUUCUUCGGGGCUUCCAGCAUCUGCUGGUGUCAACUAGCACUGUAUUUCGUUGGGUUUUAAAUGUUUUUUGUGCCUCGAGAACUGAACUGACCCUUAUGGAUUAGCUGGAUAUAUUUAUUUCCCCUCGUAAAUGAAAGGAGAAUAUCGGAAAGGUUCGGAUUAAGUGCCUGAGCUGUUGUGAGGAUGAGCAGCAAGCGGAGUUUGUUUGUGCGGCUGGUGCCGUGUCGCUGCUUGCGGGGCGAGGAGGAGACCGUCACCUCGCUGGACUACUCACACUGCAGUCUGGAGCAGGUCCCCAAAGAGAUCUUCAGCUAUGAGAAGACCCUGGAGGAGCUCUACCUCGAUGCUAACCAGAUCGAAGAGCUGCCCAAACAACUUUUCAACUGCCAGUUGCUCCACCGAUUAAGUGUACCAGACAACGAUCUUACGGUGCUGCCACCGGGCAUCGCAAACCUCAUCAACCUCAGGGAGCUGGAUGUCAGCAAGAAUAGCAUCCAGGAGUUUCCUGAAAAUAUCAAGAACUGUAAAGUCCUAACCAUCGUAGAAGCGAGUGUGAACCCUAUAUCCAAGCUUCCAGAAGGUUUCACACAACUCCUUAGUCUGACACAGCUCUACCUGAAUGAUGCCUUCCUCGAGUUCCUACCGGCCAGCUUCGGCAGAUUAACCAAACUGCAGAUCCUGGAGCUGCGGGAGAACCAGUUAAAGAUGUUGCCAAAGAGCAUGCAUAAGCUCAUGCAGCUGGAGCGCUUGGAUCUGGGGAGUAAUGAGUUCACUGAAGUGCCUGAAGUACUGGAGCAGCUUACAGGAAUCAGAGAGCUGUGGAUGGAUGGUAACAAACUGACGUUUUUACCGGGGAUGAUAGGGUCACUGAAGCAGCUCUGCUACUUGGACGUGUCCAAAAACAGCAUUGAGAUAGUUGAUGAGCAGAUAUCAGGCUGUGAAAAUCUACAGGAUCUGCUGCUGUCCAACAAUGCGUUGACACAACUGCCAGGUUCUAUAGGUUCACUAAAGAGACUCACUACUCUGAAGGUGGAUGAUAACCAGCUCAUGUACCUGCCUGACACAAUUGGCGGUCUCACGUCUCUAGACGAGCUGGACUGCAGUUUCAAUGAGAUCGAGGCACUGCCGUCCUCCGUCGGUCAGUGUUUCAACCUGCGAACGUUUGCUGCCGACCACAACCUGCUCGCUCAGAUGCCUCCAGAGAUGGGCUGUUUGAAGAAUGUCACUGUGCUCUUCCUGCACUCAAAUAAGCUGGAGUAUCUGCCGGAGGAUAUGGGUGACAUGCUCAGACUCAAAGUCAUCAACCUCAGCGACAACAAGCUGAAGAACCUUCCAUACAGUUUCACGAAGCUCAACCAGAUGACUGCAAUGUGGCUGUCUGAAAACCAGUCGAAGCCCCUGAUUCCCCUGCAGAAAGAGGAAGAUCCAGAGACACACAAGACGGUUCUCACAAACUACAUGUUCCCUCAACAGAGCAGAACAGAGGAGUAUGUGCCCAACUCGGACAGCGAGAGCUUUAACCCAUCUCUAUGGGAGGAGCAACGCAAGCAGCGGGCGCAAGUGGCAUUUGAGUGUGACGAGGACAAGGACGAGAGAGAGACGCCCCCACGGGAGGGCAAUCUGAAGCGCUACCCCACGCCGUACCCUGACGAGCUGAAGAACAUGGUGAAAACAGCCCAGUCCGUUGCUCACAGACUUAAAGAGGAUGAGUCUGGUGACGAGGCAGGAAAAGAGACCAGGACCAGCGAGAGGAAUCAUAUUGGAGUUCAAGAUGUGGGAGUGAAGGUGAUUGAAGGUCCCUGCACCAAUGGCAAAGCUGUUGAGAUGGAGCCCAAAGCAACUGUAAACAGUCACCCAAAUCAUGAUCCGAGAGAUGCAACAGACAACUAUAUUGCUGAAAGAAUGCCUCUCAAGACGUCAGACAACAUGAGAACUAUAGUUAACCAUGACGACACCCUCGAGGACUCAGAGGAGCUAUCAUCUGAUGAGGAGGAGAUGAAGAUUGCAGAGAUGAGACCUCCUCUCAUUGAGAUCUCCAUUAACCAGCCUAAAGUAGUGGCUCUCAGCAAAGACAAAAAGGAUGAUGGAAAGGAUGCUGAUUCUCUGCUGGACGAGACGGUUGCUAACAGUAACCAGAACAACAGCAACUGCUCAUCACCCUCACGCAUGUCUGAUUCAGUGUCAUUAACCACAGACAGCAGUCAGGACAACUCCCUCUGCACUCCAGAGAGAGAGUCCAAGAUGCCCCUCGUCCCCAAGAAUGGGCAAGAGGAUGAGAACCUUAACAAGUUGAAGCAGACGACCCCUCUCCUACAAAACUGUAAUGGUUCUGAGACAUCCCUACAGACCAUCCUGAAGAACCAGCAGAGCUACGAAAGCAAACGAGAUAAGAUGGCUGACUACAGUCUAUCCAUGGAGGAGAGGCUUGCUUUCAUUGAAAAGGGUAUUAACAAUGGCAUGGUGGACCAGUACAGCAAGUGGGAUCAGAUCAACAUGAAUGUAGCUAAGCUCCCACCGGACAACAGGGUGUCCUAUGAGGACCUAGAGAGGACCAAAACUUCUUCAACCAAGGAGUCCAUGUCAAGCAACAACAAAGCCAUGGUUUCACUUGAGAAUCUCGAGAAUGGGAAUCAGCUUCAUAAAAACAAGUCUGGGGAGAAUUUUAACGGACGAACGGAUCAAGUUCCCUUGCGGUACGAGACUACAAGGACAGUGUCAACAGGUGUAACGGCGUUGAGCGACAUGAUUCUUUCUCAUAGCACCGAGGAGCUGUCACCAGAGAAGUGUCCACCGCCCCCAGUGGUAAAAUCUCAGAGCAUUGCUAACAUGGAUGCUGGUGGGAUGAAGCUGUAUUCCAUCGAUAGAGAAAGCCCCCCAUAUGAGAUGGCGGGCUCGUCCAGAACCUCUGUAACUGGUGCUCAAGGCCAGAGUAUCAUCCGCUCAAAGUCUGCAUCCUUGCUCAAUGACCAGCCAUUGCAGAUUUACCCUGGUUCCUCAGCUUCUUCGUCUGAUCUUCUGUCCAGCUCAAAACCUCAAGCGAGCACCGCCCGCUACCCCGUUGGCCCCCCACCGCAGUACAACAUCCAGUACGCUAGUAGCGUUGUGCCCAAAGACAACUUGUGGAGUCAAUGUACACCUGUACCUCCCGAGCAACCUUACCUACCCCUGCAACACUCCCUUGCCAACACAAACUACUCCAACCGCAACAAUGCCCCUCCUUACCCCCAGCAGCCCCAACAGCGUGUACCGCCCAAGACUCCAGACAUGUGGGCGAAGGAGAGGAUGCAGCCACCUGGUGGCCAACGUGGCACCUUGCAGAGACAAGGUAGUGGAUCGUCUGGCACCCCUUCUGGCAUGUGCAUGUCGGAUCCUCGCCGCAUGCCAGGAAUGGAAGGAGAGUACAUGACCUACCGGGACAUUCACACGGCAUGCCGUGGGCCCCUGCAGGUGAGUCAGGCUCUUCACAGGCCCCUGUCAGCUCGUACAUACAGCAUGGAUGGACCCAGCACUCCUCGACCGCAGAGCGCCCGUCCUCCACCUCACGAGCUUCCAGAGAGGACCAUGUCCGUUAGCGACUUCAACUACCAGCAUGGCAGCCCCAGCAAGAGGCCCAGCAUGAGGGUGAAGUCUGAGCACUCACUGUUGGAUGUGCCGGUCAGUGGAGGUGGAAGGGUUCCGGCAGAUUGGAGAGAUCAGGUCAUGAGGCACAUCGAAGCCAAGAAAAUGGAGAAGAGCACUCUGUCUCGGUCUUUGGCCACUCUCAAUAGCAGUCAAAUCUCUCUGGCCUUUAGCGCAGUAGACGGGCGGCAGUAUGGAGCUCAUGACGACGUCUUUAGUCCACAUGGACAACAGGGUUACCAUGUUGACACUCUAAGAAAAGUGCCUUUAAUGAACGGCCAAAUGUUUCCUCCCGUGAGAUCUCCUAUGAGCUGCGUUCAGCAACCGAUGGCACGUCACCCCUCACGAGAGCAGCUCAUCGACUACCUGAUGCUCAAAGUGUCCCAGCAGCCACCUGGGCCUCCACGGGUCCCACAUGAGACACUCCAGCAGGAGCUCCAUGUGAAGAUUGAGAAGAAUCCUGAGCUGGGUUUCAGUAUAUCAGGAGGAGUUGGUGGCCGGGGGAAUCCCUUCCACCCAGAAGACAAUGGCAUAUUUGUGACGAGGGUUCAGACAGAGGGACCUGCUUCCAAACUCUUGCAACCUGGAGACAGAAUCAUCCAGGCAAACGGAUACAACUUCAUCAACAUCGAUCACAGAUACGCCGUAUCCCUCCUGAAGACCUUCCCCAGCACCGUCGACCUGAUCAUCAUCCGAGAGAUGGCAGCAUAGAGACCUGCUCAAACUGAAUGUUCACUGUCUUAUUUUUAUAUGCAGAGGAGCCAGUGCUAUAUAUAGUCAAUCUGAACUGAUAUAAACGGGAUAGUGCGGAACCAUCGGUGAAAAGGGGCAAAACCACUGCGUCAAGUGGAAGACGGACAGCAUGCGCCUUCACUAUGGGAACGCUUGUUGGGAUAGUCCAACCGAUAUGAAAACCUGUGCUUUCUUUUGUAAAGAUAGUUUUUGAUUUUGACUUUUUUUAUGAAUCAAAUGUGUAGAGUUCUCGUAGGACAUUAGCUGUAGCUGACCUUUUGAGGGCAGGGCUCUCCAUAAUGUCUUGUCUUUGUCUUUUGUUUUUUAUUUUUGUUUUAAAGAGAUUUUUAAAACCACUUUUAUGACCUGUGUGAGAUUUUGAGCUUGGAGACAAUGCUGUGUGCUUACUGUGGAAAUGAAUGUAGGACUGGGUUGAGUGAAGCUGAAUUGGAUGUGAAAUCUGUAUUUGUUGGCCUGUUUGCCACUUUUCUCAUUGCGUAGAUGAAGAAAUAUCUCCGUAUUUGUUCAUCUGGAUGAAAAACUCAAGUGUCAACCACUGGUAAAUGCUAUACACUUGAUCAGUAAACUCGCCCCCAUACCUUCCGGAAUGUUUUUCCAGUGAAACAAGAGUCUUUUUCUCUGUUCCCACAAACUUCCACUGAACCAAAGUGGAAGACACCGACUUUAGCCUACCUGUAAGGAUAUGCUGAGAUGCUCCCUGUUCAUGAAAUAGGAGUGUAACGGUUUUUGGUAAAAUAAACUAACCGUACAGACAUCACUCAACAGGAGUGCCGUAUACUGGUAAUAUAUGUCAAUAAUGUGCGUGAGGGUUUAAAACGCACACACAAGUUCUUCUUGUUUUCUCACGCAGUAAUCUAUCGCGAGCGUCAAUAAUGCGCUUUGAUUAGUGCCAUUAAAAUGCCAUUACAGUAAUACAUUGAUACAUGAUUAAUCAUUUACUUCGAAAUCACCCAGGGAAAGAGACGCAGGUGAGCCAAAACUGCACACGCUCCCUUCCAUUUUUAAGCAGGCACUCAGUGCUAAUUUGGACAGACGUGAAACGAUAAAUAGAGCGAUUGGGGUGUUCAUGUGGGAUUUCCACGUAUUAUUAAAAUACUAAAGCAGCAUUAUCACAACAUCCCUUCUCGUAUGCAUUUUAAUAGCAAGGUUAUUCCUUUUAUAGUGAUUUACAGUUUCCAAAUAUUGAAUAUAUGUUGAGAUGAAUUUGAAAUGCACUUUAUGUUGAUGCAUGUAGCAUAAUAGUGCAGGUAUUCAGUUAAAAUGUUGAUUUAGUAAUUAGAGAAAAGUUUAUUUUUAGUAAAGGAACCUGACUAAAAUUAACCAUGGUUUUACUAGAGUAAUAUUGUAGUAACCAUGACUGCUGUCACCAUGGUUUCCUGAUCAGAAAUCAUGGUUUUGAAACAAUUAACCAUGGUUUUAUAACAGUAAUACUGUAGUUUCUAUAUAGUAACCAUGAUUUUACUAUAUAUUGUAACCAUGACAGUAACCAUGUUCAUUUUGUGGUUACUAUGAUUUUACAACAAAUAACAUGUUACUGUUGUAAAACCAUGAUUUGUAUUAAGGGCAAACCUGUUGAAGUGUUUGUUACCAAAUAGAGUAUUCUUUGGAUUUGGCAGUAAUAUUUGUUCUCUGAACAAAGAAAACACCGUACCGAAACCGUGACCCUAAAACCGUGAUACAAACCAAACCGUGAGAAAUUAGAACCGUUACACCCCUAACGUGAAACAUGGAUGGGAACAUGAAGAACUACAAUAAGGAUUUCGAAAGUGAAGAAACUUCAACACAGAUGGGAUCAGAAAGUGGUGCAAGCUAUCUUAACCAAACCAUGUUGGGACACUGUGGCUGUGCGGCAUGGAACUGCUGCCUGGAAUUCUUUCCUCACAGCAGUCUGUCUCGGCUCAAUUCCAAUGUCCCCCAAAAUGAAUCCGAAUCACUCCUAGCAUUCACACUUGAUAUGUUUUUCUUAUUUCACUUUGGACUUGGUGGAAAUGGUUUUAUAUUCUGUGAAGAAGAUUGUAGACUUAACAUUGUAUUUAUUUUAAUGUUCAACUAGCAUUGCAGUCAUGGAUGUUAUUCUUUAGUGGUUUUGACGAGGGCUGAGAAAACGACAUGUCAAGUGCCAUAUGACCCUGAACUGUCUGAAUGGGUUCGACCCAGAGCAAUACUCACAGAUCCACACCACAUAUUCAGUGGCCUUAUUGGGCUGACAUAUGACACAGUGGUCGAAAGUGCAAUAGAGAGUCGUUUUAUUCCACUCGUAGGAUGCAUAUUGCAUUUUUAUAUGAAUAAAGAAAACCCAUUUAGUAUUUCUCGAUUGAUACAGCAUUUUAUAUUGUAAAUCUUUUCAAAAUUAACACAUAGGAAGUGGCAUUUCGGAUUUUUACUAAAAAAAGAAAAGAAAACAUACUUGUGUUGGAAUAGUGUGCGAAUUGAUGUCACGUACCUUUCCGUUAGCGAUUGCAUUGCUGUUUUCAAAAACCCUACGAGGAUUAUUAUCACCAGUGUAUGUGGACACAAAUACAUCAACUUCCUCAAAGCUACGAAGCUUUAUAAAACAUUAUGUAAUGUUCGCAUUUGAUGAGGUAGUCAAGUUUAAAGGCCAUGAAAGCUGUUUUUUUCCUUCUUUUUUUUUUUUGCCAUGUCGACUACACUCAAGGAGGAUGACCAACUGUUGAUGUACUGUGUGAAAUAUUGCAUGAAGUCCCUAUUAUGUUUGUUGCUGUAUUCUUCGGUAGACCAGUACUCUAAAUGGAUUAAAGUAAUCAAAUUAACACAAAAUGACAAUGUGACAAAGACGCAAUUUAUAUUGAUGUGAAAGAGCAUUGUCAUCAUUUUUAGAACUCAAGACUUCAGUUGUCUAAAAAAAUGUUUACCAGUUCCCACUGCUUUUUCGCACAAUAUAAAUUUGCAUUGAUGCACUGGCCCCAAAGUACGUUGUUAAACUAUUUGUCAACAUUGCUUACGAAUUAGAUAUUAAUUUGCCACAUUUAUUAUUUUGAUUGAUGAUUUUGAUGGAAAAAGUCAAUUUAAAUUAGUCUUUGCCGUGAAUGAUGCUGUUGUUACAAUGUUCGUCUUGGGCACUGUUACUUCCAUUUUAUCAUGAAUCAGUCUAGUCACACUUUUUAUUUUGUCUGCAAAGACAUUUUUAAGGAGUCAUAACAAACUAUGACUAAAACCUAAUUUUACUUUUAACAACAAAAACAAAACAAUUGGUCUGUUUUAUUGUCCCACCUUUUUAUUUAUUUAGUACUCUUUGACUUUUAGAGAUUACUAAUCGAAAUGUAAAUACUUUUUAAAAGGUUUAUGAUUUAUUCAUGGCAUUAGUGGUUACGUUUUUAAAACCAGCAAUAAUUUGCAUCACAGAAACAGCCCUUUGUCGAAGGUUUCUCUGGAAGCAGCUACUAUUAAGAGGAUUGGUAUGCAUUUAUCCAACAUUCCAGAUUUUGUACAUAAUUUUGCUUUCCAUGCUGUCCUGUGGAAAGAAUAAAUCAACUAAUGCUCUUUCAAAA